ACUGUUAGUCCAAUAGGUCGCGUCGCGGCGCGAUUGCGUUGAGUGUUCAAUUUCAAUGGUUUAAUUGUUUGCCUUUUUAAAUUGCACGUUAAUACUCAUAAUUAUAAAAGUGCAUGUAAUUGGUUGAAGUGCAACAAAAAUCGUGAUUGAUUGCACAAAAUAGUGAAUUUUACAGUGCCCAUGAUAUUUGUGUACAAUAAAUAAAAAAAAACUUGUACCUGCGCAGUUUUUACAACAAUUUGUUUAUUAGUGAGGCAGUCGGCGACAGCCUAACGUACGGUAAAAAUGACAAACAUGCGCCCACCGCAGAAAACCAAACUACUGAAGGUCGUCAUACUGGGCGACGGAGGCGUGGGCAAGUCUGCGCUCCUCACACGCUUCGUUUCGAAUCGGUACGAGGAAAACAAUUUCCAUACGAUUGGCGUCGAGUUCAUGAACAAGGACAUCGCUGUAGACGGCGAAAAGUACACACUACAGAUAUGGGACACGGCUGGGCAGGAACGGUUUCGCGCCCUGCGCACGCCCUUCUAUCGCGGCUCGGAUAUGUGCCUGCUCUGCUAUGCGCUGGACGAUCGGGACAGCCUGCGCGGACUGCGGCUGUGGCGGAACGAGUUCCUCAACUAUGCGGACGUGAAGGCCGAUAGGUUUCCGUUUAUUGUGGUCGGCAAUAAGAACGACCUUCGGCCAGAGAAACGACAAGUGAGCUACGAGGAUGUGCAGCAGUGGUGCACGGAGCUCGGCAUUGGGUCACACAUUGAGACCUCCUCGAAGACGGCGACAAAUGUAUCGGACGCCUUUGUGCUCGCCCUGCGCCAGUGGAAGCGCAUGGAGUGCGUCGCCGAGGCGGAACAGCGCCAGCUUGGCGACAUCAUCGACUUAACGCAGCCCAUUCGACUGGUGCAGCGUCGCCAGUGCUGCACCGGCGGCGGCGGCGGCGGCGGGGGCGGGACGAGCAAGGCAGCCGAGGCCGUCAACGAGGCUGAGGAUGAUGGGCAAAUUGCGGACGCUGCCAUGCGUUCGCCCUCCUUCAUGUCGCGCCAUUUGUUUAGCAAAUCGCGCAAUUCGCCAAAGGCGCCAGCGUCCAAUUACCGACUAUGAGCUAACGGGGAGUAUGUCUAUGUUUGUUUUUUUUUACUGCUUAGCCGGAGGCAUUCAGUACAUUCCAGCCAAGUUGGUGACAGUUGGUUAAGAGUAUCCCAGCACAGACCAAAUACACAUGCAGCAAAAUGUACAAGACACAUUUUGAGAUUAAGAUGGUAGCAAGUAGCGAGUAGCGAGUAACGAAUAACGAGUAGCGAGCAACGAGUCAGAUGCUUAGAACAGUUUGAUACGUAUUACAGUUUGACUUAUGACAAGAGGGUAGUGAAUAACGAGUAGCGAGUAACGAAUAAUGAGUAGCGAGUAGCGAGUAACGAGUAACGUGCUAUGAGUCAGAUGCCUGUAACAGUUUGAUACGUAUUACAGUUUGACUUUUGACAAGAGGGUAGGAAUAACGAGUAGCGUGUUACAAGUCAGAUGUGUAUAACAGUUUGAUAAUGAAAUAGUGUAACGUAUUACAGUUUGACUUAUGACACGGUACUACAAGUUGUGUAUAAAAAUUGUGCCUUGCGAGUGGAUGAGUUGACUUGACCAUAGAGCCUAAGACAACAAUAUUUUUUUGUACACCCUAAGCUAUUAUACAAAUAUUUUUUGUAUGUCUAUGUAAAACAGAAGUUACAUCGCGGUAACUAUUAUACACGUUAUAAAUGAGUAGCUUUAAAUGACUUGUGCUUGUAACAGAUAAUCUCCCACCAAAAAGUUGAUAUGGACGACAACAAUGGUGGCUAUUAAUUAAAUAUUUGUAAAAAAAUAUGACUUGCUUUGUAUAACUUACAAUAUUACCUAUAUACCAACCAAUUAGAAACAUAUAAGUGAUUUGCCUAACGUAUUUGAAUGAAUAAUCUCUACAAAUAAAGUGAAGUAUGUGGAAUA